AUGAGCAAUUGGCAGCCAACCGAACAAGGUCUUUCGGAUCUUUUGCAGCUUUUGCGCGAAGCUCUAAAUCCAACUGAUAACAACAAUGUACAACAGAUCCCGGAUUACAACUCGUACUUGGCGUACAUUCUGACACAAAUGCCACAAGAGGAUCAAUACGUUCGCUCGGUUGCAGGAUUGACCUUGAAAAACAACAUCCGCGCACACUUCCCUACCAUUAGUCCUGGUGUGAUUGACUACGUUAAAAAGUGCUGCUUGCAAUAUAUCGGCGAUGAGUUGGUUGGCAAGGCCGUGGGUAUUGUCAUUGCAGCCAUUGUCGAGCGUGGACAGGUGCACAACUGGCUUCAGGCACUGGAAGUCUUGAUGCAGAAGUUGGAUGAUCCCAACGCCGUUGUAGUUGAGAACGCGUUCACGACGAUUCAAAAGAUCUGUGAGGAUUGUUCGCGCGACUUGGACGCGAACGCAGGUGGUGUCCAACCUUUGGAAUUUAUGAUUCCCAAGUUCAUCACAUUCUUCAAUCACCCUAGCGAUAAGCUUCGUUUGAACGCCAUCACGUCGACUAGCCAGUUCAUUACGCUUCGAUCCGCUCCGCUGAUGAACGCCAUGGACAACUUUUUGAGCGCUCUUUUCAGCAGAGCCACCGACGACAGUCUUGAAGUGCGCAAAGCCGUGUGUCAAGCUCUUGUCAGCUUGUUGGAAAUGUGCCCUACAGUUCUGUUCCCGCACAUGCCCAAUCUCGCCGAGUAUAUGCUCUUCUGCACCCAGUCGGAUGAUGCUGAUUUGGCUUUGGAAGCGUGCGAAUUCUGGCUCGUGUUUGCCGAACAAGACGAGUUGCGCGAACAGUUGGAGCCAUACCUUCCCAAGGUUGUACCCGUGCUGCUUCGUGGCAUGGUGUACUCGGAAAUGGAUCUGAUGACUUUGGGUGGCGACGAGGAUGACGCACAUAUUGCUGAUAGCGAGCAAGAUAUCAAGCCUCGAUUCCACAAGGCCAACUUGGUCGAGAUCGAACGUGCUGACAAGAACGAUUUGGAUGAAGGUGGAAAAAAAAAGGACACCGCUUUCGACGAAGAGGAUGAUGAGGAUGACGAUGAUGAUUUCGAUGAAGACUUGGAUGACGAAUUUUAUGGCGAGUGGAACUUGCGAAAGUGCAGUGCUGCUACGCUCGAUGUCCUCUGCACAUCCUACGAAGGCGAAGUCAUUCGGUUAUUGAUGCCCUUGUUAAAGACCGAACUUGAGAAUCCCGACUGGUUGCAUCGCGAGUGCGGUAUCUUGGCGUUGGGUGCUGCCGCUGAAGGUGGUUUGCAAGAAAUCGGCCCCCAUUUACCCGAGCUGGUUCCUUAUCUUUUUAAUAACCUGGUCGACCCCAAGCCAUUGGUUCGCUCUAUCACAUGCUGGACAUUGGGACGAUACGCCGCAUGGAUCGUUCAGAGUGCACAACAAAGCCCCGAAGCCCGAAAGCACUUUCUGGAACCGUUGGUGCAGAAGCUCUUGGAGCGAAUUCUAGACAACAACAAACGCGUACAGGAAGCCGCCUGCUCUUCAUUCUCGCUCUUAGAAGAAGAGGCCACCACCGAGCUCGUACCCUACAUGCAACCCAUCCUUGUCACCCUUUCUACUGCAUUUGAAAAAUAUCAGCACAGAAACUUGCUUCUCUUAUACGACACCGUGGGCACUCUUGCCGAUGUUGCUGGCAGCGCUUUGAACACUCCACAGUACAUCGACGUCAUCAUGCCACCGCUUAUCAAGAAAUGGCAAGAGAUCCCUGACGAAAGCACAGACUUGUUCCCUUUGUUGGAGUGUCUUUCAUCCAUCACCACCGCGCUUGGCAGCGGCUUCAAGCAAUUCGCACAACCCGUCUAUGUCCGAUGUGUAAAGCUUGUCACCCAAACUUUAGAAGAAUGUCAAGCUGCCAAUGCUAACCCCGCGAAUGACAUGCCCGAUAAGGACUUUAUGAUUGUCGCGUUGGAUCUUCUUUCAGGCAUUAUACAGGCUUUGAACACUGACGCCGAGCCAUUGGUGGCUGGCACUUCCCCCAACAUCGUUCAGCUCCUGUCCCUCUGUAUACAGGAUGAAGUAGCCGAAGUUCGACAGUCGGCUUAUGCAGUCCUUGGUGACCUUGCUAUCUCUUGCUUUGAGCAAAUCCGUGCCGUCGUCCCUCAAUUCAUGCCCCACAUCGUCUCUCAAAUCGAACCCGUACCCGAACAUGUCUCUGUGUGCAAUAACGCUACUUGGUCGGCAGGCGAGAUUGCCAUCAAAUGGGGUACCGAUAUUCAACCAUAUGUCGAGCCUAUGCUUCAACGUCUUUUCCAGCUUAUCGUAAACCCUCAAAUUCAACGCACAUUAUUGGAAAACGUCGCAAUUACGAUUGGUCGUUUGGGCCUCGUAUUCCCAGACCUGGUUGGUCAACAUUUGCAGCUCUUCAUCAAGCCUUGGUUGAUCACACUUGCACCCAUCCGACCAAACGAAGAAAAGGCAUCUGCAUUUAGCGGUCUCUGUGAAAUGAUUAAGGCACAUCCGCAAGGAGCUGUCAAGGAAUUCUUGCUGUUCUGCGAAGCUGUUGCAGGUUACGCUGAUGCGCCCACCAGUUUACACGAAGCAUUCAGAAAUAUUCUGGCCGGCUACAAGAAUAUGUUUGGUGAAGCACAGUGGCACCAGGCUUUAGAAACUAUGCCAGCGGAAGCGAGAGGUCCAUUGCACGAACGAUACGGAAUAGCUUAA